AGUGGUUCACCCACUGUCUCCUCUACUGCUACUCUCAACGAUAAGUUAAUAGGUUAUGUUCUCUGGCGGGGGAAUUGAAAACAAAGGCAAGAUUAAAGGUGCUCGUCAGCUUGGCAGUAUAAGUAGCAGCAGCACUAGUAGCAGUAGCAGCAGCUGUCACAGCAUUAACACUGGCAGCAACAGCAGCAGCAACAGCAGUUGCGGCAAUAACAGUGGCAGCAGCAGCAGCGGUAGCUCCCCCUUGGGAACAUAGCCUCACGUCCAGAUGGCCUCUCAUGAAAGUCUCAACUCUGAAUCAAAGUCAAGUUCCCUUAACUCCAAACUUGGACAUGAAUCGGCGGGGUCACCCUCGGCGGGGUCUCCCUCCCCCCCAAAGAGCGUCUGCUCUUCAAGCUCCACCUCUACUGACCAACAUCGCCACCACCAACUCUCGCAUGUCCUCAACGCCACUUCCAAAAUGACAGUGCGCGACGGGAGCAGAACGCUGCGGCCGGACGAGCCAACACUAGUCCCCGGGGAGCACCUGGAGGGGACGGCCCGGGAGGUCACUUACCUCUGUCCGUACACGGGACCAAAGAAAGGGACGCUCUCGGUCACCAAUUAUCGUCUGUACUUUCGCAGUCCAGAAACUGAUCCUCCCUUUGAGUUAGAAGUGCCCUUGGGUGUGGUGUCCAGAAUAGAGAAGGUGGGCGGUGCUAAUACUAGUCGUGGCGAAAACUCUUACGGUAUUGAGAUAUUUUGUAAGGAUAUACGAAACUUGCGGUUCGCCCACAAACAGGUAUGGCCGCUUUUCUUACAGUGCUCUACAGUAUCCAUGACAGUCUCCCUGUACCUUAUUGUGUUAUAUCACAUGUGA